AUGCGCAACGAGUGGGAAACUGAAUUUGAAGAAGAAUUAGAGGGGUUAAAGUCAACUGAGUCCGAUGUUGGAUGGAUGGAUGAUGUAGAUUUGCUGGACAAUGAGCUUCCAGAUGAAAUUCCAGGUGAUUCGAUACCCUUAAUGGAUGAAAAAGGUCCUUUAGAUUCUGUAGAUGAUGGAGAUGAACUAGCAUCGAUUUUGAAAGAAGGUUUAGUACAACCUUCUAGUGGAAUGGAAGGAGUGCAGGUACCAAUGCAGCUUCUUGGUUUUGGAUGGUCUAUGCCGAUGAUGAGUCAAGAACGGGGACGAGAGAGAAUAUCUCGAGAAUGUAUUUUAAAAGAAUAUUUUCCAGGGUUUCGAGAAAACGAAGUGCUUAAAUUUUGUGAAUUAUUUGUUACAAAGAAGGCUUAUUUAAUUCCCGUGAAACAUCGUGUAGGACGCAGUAAGUUGUGUCUAGUAGCAUGUUUUCCGAAAUGGGUUGGAUUGGAUGUAGAACAGGAUGAUGCACAGGCGUUUGGGACAUUUGGACGCCUAAUACACCCUAGAUGGGAUGAUGAGGUAGUUUAUACAAUGCCUUUUUCAGAGGAGAAUGAGGAAAUGAACGUUGAUAAAGAUGCCUUGGAUGUUCUUCAUGGAUCUGGGUCUAAUGAAAUGAAUCAUGAUUUACAUUUAAUAUGCUUCGAUUGGUACAGGAGGGUUUUUUCCGAUGAAUUUUCUCCAUCUAAGAAUGUAUCGUUUGUUCGACCUAAUUCAAAAAUUAAGUUUAUGGGCGAGGGUUUUUUUUCUCAGUUUUAUAUUGACGAUCGGAUAUUUAAUGGAAAUAUUGAAUUAGUACCAUCAGUACAGCUUAACUUUAAUGAUCCUUUUCUUCUUCUUGAUAUCCAGAAAGUUGAUUCAAAUUAUUUUAAGCAUAUUGUAAAUGAUCGUUCUUUAUUGUAUAACGACUUAUCACGAAAAUAUAAUAUAUCUAAUGAUGAAGUUUAUGAUCAGUUACGUCAAAAUCAGCAAGCUCGUGUUCGUCAGACUUUAGGUCACUUGUCAAUUGAACAUGGAUUGGUUGCUGAUCGACUACAAAGUCCUUAUUAUAAAACGAGACUUUCAAAAACAGAAUGUCGUCUUUUUCAUAGGCCUGUGAUUACAUUUAAAAUUAAUCAUGAAAUUAAAUUUGACAGAAUUGGGUCACGAAAGAAAAAAGAUCGAAUAAAAGAUCCUAAGAUAUUACUAAGUACAACUAAAGGUGUCACUCUUAGUGAUAAUUCGACUUACGUAUUGAUGGAAUAUUCUGAAGAAUAUCCUUCUGUUAUUUCUAAUCCUGGUAUGGGUUCUAGGGUUGUUGUGUUUUAUCGCAAAAAAUCUGACGACGAUUGUACAAGACCAAAAAUGACAAUUGGUGAAACACAUAUUUUAGAGCCUCAGGAUCGUUCACCUUUUUGGAAUUUUGGGACAGUAGAUCCUGGAGAAACAGUACUUACUUUGUAUAAUAAAAUGAUACGAGCUCCUAUUUUUGCACAUGAACCUGAAAAUACUGACUUUUUGGUUUUACGAAACACAUGUUCACAAGGGUCAAGGUAUUAUCUUCGCAAUAUAAAGUAUCUUUAUGUUAUUGGUCAGACAUUACCUGUAAUUGAUGUUCCUGGUCCUCAUUCAAGAAAAAUUACUAUGAUCAGUAAGAAUAGGCUUAAAAUGAUUUGUUUUCGUCUUUUGCGUCGUGAAGAAAGCGGUAAAAUUCUUAUUAAACAAAUGGCACACCAUUUUCCUGAUCAAAAUGAAAUGCAACUUAGACAGCGUCUUAAGGAGUUUAUGGAUUUUCAAAGAAAAGGUGAUGAUCAAGGAUAUUGGAGGUUAAAGUCUUCUGAAGUUCUUCCUCCUGAGGUUGUUAUUCGUAGUAUGGUUUCACCUGAGACUGUAUGUCUUAUUGAAAGUAUGCAAGUUGGUCUUCAAAAUCUUGAGGAUGCUGGCUAUGGUCGAGCUGUAGAAGAUGAAAAUAUGGAUGAGACAUGUCUUAGUAUUGAUCAACAAUUGGUUCCUUGGAUUCUGACACGAAAUUUUAUUAAUGCUACUCAAGGAAAAGCUAUGCUAAAAUUACAUGGUGAAGGAGAUCCAACAGGUUGUGGUCAAGGAUUUAGUUUUAUAAGAACAUCAAUGAAAGGGGGAUUUAAAUCGUUAGAUGAAACAAUAGACGAUAAAGCUGAUGGAGAUAAAUCAAAAACAAAUCACGGAUAUAAUAUAGCUAAGCAGUCAAAGGCAUAUGGGGACGAGAUUGCAAGAAUAUGGAGGUCUCAACGUAUUGGAUUGAGCAUGGCAGGAAACGCUGCUAUGACUGAUUUAGAAUUUGAGGAUUCUCAAAAAGAUUUUACUAAUGAUAAUAAAGUAGAUAGUGGGUGGGAUGUGUCAACUCCACAAUCUACAGAUUUAAUUGAAAAUGAUGAUUAUUUUUCUAUGAAUUCUCAAAUAGGUACUAAUCAAACUAAUAAAGUUUUAAGAAUUCAAAGACUUACACGAAAUUCAUUUGGGCAAUUACAAAGAAAAGUUGAAAUAGUUCAUAAUAUUAAUGUUAUACGAGCAUAUAUAAGACAUAGACAAUUAAUUGAUGAUCAAACUACGAUGAUGGAAAAAAUAGGGCCCACUGAUGAUGAAGAUGCGAAUAGAAGGCGUAAAAAAUUAUUAGAAGAACAGUUGGCACGAUUAAGACAUAAUCGUGAAAGAAGGCAGGCUCGGAAAGCUGCUAAAGCUGCUCAAAAAGCUGAAACAUCUGCUUUGUAUGAAAUUUCUUUACCAAAUAGUAAGAAAAAUGCGGUUGGUACUAGUAGGCGGUGUGGAAGUUGUGGACAAGUUGGUCAUAUGAAGACAUGGAGAGGGUGUCCUAUGUAUGGGAAUGUUUUAUUUAAUACACCUGGUUUUUCUGAUGAUGAACAAUAA